GUGUUUAACCUCGAUCGCGUACAGAAGGUAUAGGCCGGUCGCACACGAACACGAGGGCCCCGGCAUGCGAAGCGCGCGCGCACCGGCCCGCUGACGCGCAGGAAUGGCAGCGCGCCGUGCAGUCGCCGCGCCUAUAACCAACUGUGAUACAAUUAAUUAACUUAAUUUCAUACUAGCAGUAGUAGAAAUAUUUAUAAGCAACUAAUACGUCCGUGCUAAAGACUUCGAGAGACAGUGUUUAGUGUGAAGCCGCCCAUAUGAUCGUCCCGAUGGCAGCGUAUGCGCAAUUUGGCUAUUCAUACCCGCCCGCCUCGCAGUUGCUCGUGGGCAGCAGCGGGGCGGGCACCGGCGGCGCAGCCACCUCGCCGGACGGGGGCUCGAGCUCGGCGCCGCCGCUGUCGCCGGGCGGCUCGGCCGUGGCGGGCGGCGCGCUGUCGCCGGGCGCCGGCAGCCACGCCAGCACCCCCGCUGCCUCCUGCUGCGACACGCCGCGCCCCAUCAUCACAGACCCCGUCUCCGGCCAGACCGUCUGCUCGUGCCAGUACGACGGCGCAAGACUCGCCCUCACCUCCUACCCGCGCCUCUCCAGCGCUGCUGUCGGCGUCUACGGAACACCCUACCCAUCGACAGAUCAGAACCCCUACCCAAGCAUCGGUGUCGACAGCUCAGCGUUCUACUCACCACUGAGCAACCCUUACGCGCUCAAGGAGGGCGGUGGCGAGAUGUCUGCGUGGACGUCGGCUGGCCUUCAACCCUCCGGCGGCUACUACCCCUACGACCCCACACUCGCAGCCUACGGAUAUGGAGCCGGGUACGAUUUAGCUGCCAGGCGGAAAAAUGCAACACGAGAGUCGACGGCAACGCUCAAGGCGUGGCUGAACGAGCACAAGAAAAAUCCUUACCCGACAAAGGGCGAAAAAAUAAUGUUGGCUAUCAUCACCAAGAUGACGCUGACGCAGGUGUCGACGUGGUUCGCGAACGCGCGCCGCCGCCUCAAGAAGGAAAAUAAGAUGACGUGGGAACCUAAGAAUAAGACGGACGACGAUGACGAUACGAUGCUCUCAGACGAGGAAAAAGAUAAAGAUGAACAGGAGGAGAAAAUUAAACCUCACAAAGAUGAGGAGCGAAAAGGGGACGAGAUGCUGCAGGGCAUGCAUCACCAAAUGUUGGGCUACGGAAUUAAAGAAGAGGCGAAGCGUGGCUCAUCCGACUGUGGCGUACCGAUUCCCGCCUCGAAACCGAAAAUAUGGUCUUUGGCUGACACUGCGGCAUGUAAAACUCCUCCACCAGCAGCUCAGCCGUGGCCGCAGCAUGUAUAUGGCCAACCAGAGCGAGCGGCACCUUCGGAUGGUGGCUCUAAUGGGUUUGCGUUGCCGGCGACAGCAGCUGCAAGUCCAGCCAGUGGCUCAUACGGCCGAUACGGCGGUUUCGCCGGCGGGCAGUAUGGUGGGCAACACCCUUGCGUGCACCCAGCUUCGUUCCCUGAUGUGCAGACAGACACCCCUCCGCAAACACCUCCUAACAUGAAGGUGCCCAGCGUAGCUAAUCCACUCGGCAGCGGUGGGGGCUCCGGCUACUGCUUCCCUCGACAUCAGCAGUCCCCUCAACGUGAUCCCUACCACAACCCUCACCACGCCGCUAACAGUCAUCAGCCCAAUCAACCACACCACAACGAAGGAUCUGCGGCCUUCAAGCCUUUCUAUAAAAGCUCACUCCAACACCCCAACGGUUUCGCGUCGGCCGUCUGAAAGUGCACCGUGCGCCAAUAGCGGUAAAGCACGUGAAACCUGGGUCGCUGCACUACCCAUCAACUACUAGGGACUGUCAGAAUAUCACAGUGGCACAGUGUUUCAGUUUUACAUUAAGAUCAACGACACGAAUAUAGGUACCUUAGUAAAAUGGCCUAGGGCUGAUAAAACAACUAGGUCUAUAGACCCUUUGUAAAGUUUAUAUAAUUUGAUACAUACAUUUCUUUGUACAUCACAUAGUGUAAUUUAAAAUUUCUGAACUGCACAGAUCAUAACGAUGUAUAAAAUGUUCCGUUAAGUAUGAACUUAAGUUUGGUUUGAUGUGGUUAUUCUACGGUUGUCACUUGUCACUAAGUACUUAUCGAAUGAAUCAUUGUAUGAAAUUGACGUUGCUCAGUAUUUUUAUAGACUUAAGAAUAUUAUGGAAAUAAUAAUCCAAAUUAUUUAUAGAUACACGAAAAGCGCAAUUAAGUGUAAUAAAAUUUAAACUAGCCUGUAUUGGUUUUAGUGAAUUAUUGUAAAUUUAUUACAAAUUCCACGACUGGAAUAUUCUACAUACGAUAAGAAAUCUUAUACAUAGUAUGUUUUCUCUAAGUUCUUCCAAUUUUAUGUUUAUGAUUUAAAAUGACUUGUGGAGCAAUAAGUUAUUCGUUAGUGCAGGUGCCAGACUUAACUUUGAUUAGAUGUAAGUGUAAUUGUACAUUGAGGAAGAAGACAAUGCAAGGUGGUUAGGUUUGGUAUCACCCCCUACUACACAAACUAUUGUUUAAUUUUGUUAAUUACUAGCUAAAUAGUCGAUAAACAAUCAUCGAUUUGGUUAUUGUUGUUGUCCUUGUACAUAUAAAAUGUUUUGUAGAUUUUCUAUUUUAGUUUGUCAAGAUGUGUACAAAGUAAUUAAGUAUGAUUUCACCACGAUCGAUGUUUUCGACAAAUAUUUCGAUGAUGAAACUUAUAAAUAUUGUUUAAAAGUAUUAUUAGUAUACAUAUGUACGUGUACAUAAAAAUAUUCUGAAUAUUUUUUAUUAUUAUAACGGUCACAGUCACUUUACUGAUGUAAAAUUUUUAUUACUUUUUUGAACAUUUUCCAUGUCAAAUUAAUAGUGUGGGUAAAGCAUCAAAAUGUGUAUGAUACAAAGUGGAUAUCUUUGUUAAUGCCUUCCGACUAAGCUGAAAUAUUGGUCAAAUGAGGUGUUUGCUUAGAAAACUUUGUGAAAAAUAGAUAGCAUAUUGGAUUUGACGUUUGGUGUAUAUUUUCUUUAACCUAUUAGCGCUGGGUGCAGACAAAAAACACGUCUGGAGGCCCAAGAGUGGGCACAGUCGGAACCUUAUUGGUCGUCUGCACACAGCGUUAAUUGAUCGGAGCUGUGAAUAUCGAAGACGUGUUUCUAAAGAUUUUGUAACGAAGGCAUACAUACAUCGAUCAGUAAUAUAAGAUAAUUUAUUAAGUAUUUUACAUAGAUAUAAAAGUUAAUUUCCCACAUUAACAGAAGAUUACGAUUUUUUCUCAGGUCACAAGAUUUCAAACAAUAGUUUUGAGGCUUGUUAUUAUAAAAGUUCAUCUAAUGUAAAAACAUAGAAGAAGAAAAUUUCAAUGUGACCAAAUCGAAUACAUUCGCUUAAUAUUAAAUGUUCUAUAUAGAUAUUUAUAGAAUAUAUACCUAUUAAUUAUUAUUAUGAGUAAAAUUAUGUAACGAUUGUAAUUAAAUCUUUAUUUCAA